GAUUGGGGAUUUCUCACUAGAUUCACAUUUCUUGCGGAACAUGGUUGGAUCCGCUACCAGUUAAUCUACCCCCAGGAAUACUGUUGCGAGAAUUUACUGUUUUAUUACGAUGAACCCCAUCAAUGGCCGGCUGCUUACAAGACUAAUUUGAAUUGCUCUCAAAAGGAAGCCCUUCUUGAUAAGAAUUCAGGUCAAAUUGUACCUUUAAAUCCUUUAUUUUUGGGCUCUGGGUGUAUACGUGAUACAAUCAAUGGCGUUAAAGUCUUCAAAUGUACAUAUGGUGGUACAUUGCUAUCAGUAAUUAACCCAUUGUAUAUGGAAUAUAAUAUCAACAUGACCAACGGAUAUCUAGAUUGGAACAAAGAAUUCUCAGCUGAUGAAUUUGGAAUUCUUGAAACAGAUGUCGCCUUCUUCAUAUGCUUUUUAGUCUUGACUUUCUAUUUUUGCUAUUUCAAAACUAUAGUUAUUUUAAAAAAUCGCCAGCUAUUCCAUUCUACUUAUAAAUACUUCAUGGCUGCCUUAUUUUUACAGACCUUUGGAGUUAUGUUUUCGGUGAUUCAUUAUGGUGUAUACGCACAAAAUGGCAUAGGAGUAGAAUUUCUUAGACUAUUUGGUCGGCUCCUAUUAGCUGCAAGUGAUUUAGUAUUCUUACUCAUGGUUAUUCUCUUGGCUAAAGGUUAUACAGUCGUCAGAGGUAGAAUAAGCCCAGGUGGAUUGGUUAAAAUCGCUGUCUUGAUGACAUUAUAUGUUAUUGCCUAUAUUGCAUUAUAUAUCUAUGAAGCAAGAUUUUUUGAUCCUGGUGAAGUAUUGUAUUUAUACGAAAGUCCAGCUGGUAUUGGAUUAAUUGCUUUGCGCAUAAUUGCUUGGUUUUGGUUUCUUUACGCCAAUUUUAUUACACUUAAAGAUUACGCAGAUAAACGUGUUUUCUAUUCUUGGUUUAUCGUCUUAUAUACUAUAUGGUUUCUAGUGAUACCCGUCUUAGUAUUAUGCGCUCAUUUUUGGAUUUCUAAAUGGGCAAGGGCUAGAGUGGUUAAUGGAAUCGAGUUUGCCAUUACAUUUUAUGCUUAUGGCUUAUUCUUGAUUUUGACUUGGCCAACUCGUGCUAACUCCACAUUUCCAUUCCAUAUCAGGACAACUCAGGUGAAUAAACUUUAA